AUGGUCUCCGCUACAUCAUUUGUUGCUCUUAUCUUCGGCGCCUCUCUGGCGGCCGCCACCCUUGACCCAGCCUCCUCGAACACCAAGGGCAAGUGCCCCGGCACUGUCAACUGCAGUCCUGCAAAGACUUCCACUGCCAUCCAGGCUGCUGAGUGCGCCUACAACACGAGAACCUCCAAGGCGCAAACCUUCGCCGUCUUCGAGACCGACCACCAGUACGACUCCUCCCACGGUGCCCCCUAUGGAACAUGUAAGGCAUACACCUGCACUGCGCCAACGGAUGCUGAGAUGACGAAAUCGGACGACGAUUGCUGGACCUUCUUCUGGAAUGACAACGGAGAGUCAUCCGGUGUCGGAACUACCUGCAUCAAGAGCCCUAAGGAUGGCACUUGUGGCUGCGAGAACUCCGAUGGAACUUUCAUCUACGGCGGAAGCAACUGCUCUUAG